CUGUUUCACAACGGUAUUUGUCGUCACCAAAACACUUCAAGUAAAGAGUGGAAACCGUGCAAAUAGUAACGAAAACCACUGACAGCAACAGCCUGUACACUUCAUUUUCUACCGAUAUUCCUGGGAACGUUACAGAUAUCAACACAACGUUUCGCCGAGGACUCUAGUCUUGUCUAUUGUAUAGAUUAGCGAAAACUUAAUCGUACUGCAACGUUGUUCCCCCCCUGUUGGACUGUAGCUGCUAGCUAGCCUAGCUGGCUAAUUCCCUGUAUCCGUUCUGGUCGGGACUGCAUCGAAAUGUCCUGCUGCCUGUUCGAGUACUGUCGGGUCCAAGAACUCAAAGCAGUCCGGGAGUUCUUGUUCCAGAGCCAGCAAAACAACAAUUCGUCGGCGGACAAGAAAGGAGAGAAUGAGCUGGCCUGGGACGACUCCAACUGGGGGUCAUGGGAUAACCCUGAGGCCAAAGAAGUUGGAAGUGGGGAAACCACGGGGGUGGAGGAGGACACUGCAGCAGUCAGCGCCCCUUGGCUGCAGGACUGUGUGGUGUCUCUGUCUCCCUGCUCAGACCUGAUGGUCGUCGCCAAAGGCAGCAAGGCUGUGUUUCUCUCAGCGAGGUGGCAAACAGAUGACGGAGGCAGAGAGGGGAUGACGCUGGCUGUGUCCUGGAGUGGAACUCUCAGCACCAACGAGGGGGAGAGUGUGAGCAACGUAAUCUGUAUACCUUUGGCCAGCCAGAAGAGGAGUUCCACGGGUCGACCAGACUGGACAUGUAUUGUCGUGGGCUUCUCAUCUGGCUAUGUACGCUUCUACACCGAGAGUGGGGUCCUACUCCUAGCCCAGCUGUUGAAUGAGGACCCUGUCCUGAGGCUCAAGUGUCGCACUUAUGAGAUCCCCCGCCACCCCGGUGUCACCGAGCAGCAUGAGGAGCUGAGUAUCCUUUACCCAGCAGCCCUGGUCACCAUCGACGGCUUCAGUCUCUUCCAGUCUCUACGGGCCUGCAGAAACCAGGUGGCUCGAGCGGCGGCAGCAGGCAGUGAGGUGGUCCAGCCUCCUCCUCUGGCCUAUAAGAAGUGGGGUCUACAGGACAUGGAUGCUAUCGUUGACCACAGCAGCGUGGGUAUAAUGACCCUGUGUGUGUUUGACCAGAUGAGGAAUGCGUCUAUCCUGGGGGGUUUCCAUGCCUCUGUGAAGGGCAGCCUCCCCGCCAUGAGUCAGUACAUAACUGUGGGGGGAGGACCCUACACAGGCUUUUACUAUGCCAUAGAGGGCAGCUCUCAGCCUCUCCUCUCCCACGUUGCUCUGGCUGUGGCCAGCAAACUCACAUCGGCCUUAUUCACCGCCGCCAGUGGGUGGCUGGGGUGGAAGAAACCGAAUGAGGAGGAGCCAACUCAGAAACAGAAGCCCAAGGUGGAACCGGCCACGCCCCUGGCAGUCAGGUUUGGUCUCCCAGACUCACGGCGUCAUGGGGAGUCCAUCUGUCUGUCCCCCUGUAACACUCUGGCUGGGGUCACGGACGACUUUGGCAGGGUCAUGCUGCUCGACGUGGGGAGAGGCAUCGCCAUCCGCAUGUGGAAGGGCUACCGGGACGCCCAGCUGGGUUGGGUACAGGUGUCUGAGGGGAGGGGCGAGUCCUCCCCGUCCGCGCCCCUCCCACGGCGCCAUGCUCAGUUUCUGGUCAUCUACGCGCCCAGGAGAGGCAUCCUGGAGGUGUGGGGCACACAGCAGGGCCCCCGAGUAGGAGCCUUCACUGUCGGGAAACACUGCAGGUUGCUGUAUGCAGGCUACCGGCUGAUGGGGGUGAACAGUGUGACCAGUCAAGGCUGGCAGCUCCACACACAGCAGGUGUGUCUGUUCGACCCUGCUACUGGAGCACUACGCACUGUCACUGUCCCCUUCCAUCUGGCCCUCAGUGAUAAGAAGAGUGAGAGAGCAAAGGAUCUGCACCUGCUGAAGAGACUGACCACACUACUGAAGAGCAGAGAGUUGGAACCAGAUUACCUGGAGAGCGAGGCCCAGCGUGUACUGCUGGACAUCAAACACCCUGCCAUUAAGAAACAGGCCCUGGAGUGUCUGCUAGCCAAUAAAAAUGCUCCAGUCUCCUGUCUGACCAACAUCACCCGACUCUUACUGGCCAGUCUCAGGGAGAAAGACCCUGAGGCGGUAGAUGAAGCAUUGCUCCAGUUGUGUUCCUCCCAGCUGAAACUGCUCCAGCUCUACACUGACAUCCAACAGCUGCACUCUACUGUGGAGGCUAGCACAGACGCACACACUAAACCUACGGAGGUUGCCGGUGUAGAGGAGGAGCUAGCCCGUGUCUCCCUCAUCCUGCAGCGCUACACCGAGCUCACCUCCGGCUCCCGCCCCUCCGUCUCAUUUGCCCAGGACUCCCCUGACGCAUCACUUCCUGUACGCGGCUUCCUGUCCCAGAUGGAGUGUGAAGGAGAGGAGAUCAGGGUGGUCCCAGGGCCUGACGCAGACUGGACACAACUGGGGAGCUUUCUGUUCUGGGGCUGUCUGAUAGGAGAGAGCCCUCUACAGAAGGUCUGUGACACACUACAGGAGACAGGCAUCAGCCCACAGCAUUUACUGUCUCUGCUGCUGAGUGUAUGGCUGCACAGAGAGAAGGAAGUAUUGAAGAAACCAAAGGCCGUCAGACACCUACACACACUCCUCACUGCCCUCAGCUCCAUGAAAGGUGCGGUGGAGUCGUCGUGGGACAUGCAGUGUGUCUCCCCCUGGUGGCAGCAGGUGCGGUCUGCGUGUGUCCAGUCACACAGUGCUGCUGCUGCCCUGCUGGCUGCAAUAGUGGCUCACCGCGCUGCCAAGGAUAACAUCACCAGCCUGGCCGAGACUAAGGUAACACACACACACACACUGAUGUGUGUGUGCUUCAUCACUGACUCUGUGUGUAUGUGUCAGUUUCAGUCAGAGUGGGAGGCGGUGUCGUUGGAGCUGGAGCAGUGGGCGGUGUGUGUGAGACAGCUGGAGGACGUGCUGGCCCUGCAGACGCUGCUGUGUGUGGCGCCUCUUAAAGGAACACCAGGGGGCGCCACACCACACUGCUCAGUCAAAGCCCUGCUGGAGGGGGGCCGAGGUGGUAUAGCAGACAGUGUGGCUAAGUGGGUGUUCAGGCAGGACUUGGCCCCUGAGUGGCUGAAGGACAUGCUGCAGAGGAGGGGGGAGGCCCAGAGGACAGAACAGCCCUCCCAGCCAGUGCUGAGGGAGAAAAGCCAGGAGGAUGCAGACUUCAAUAGGGCAGCAGAGCUGCUGGUGUCUGUGUGUCAGCGUUUCCCAGACUCCCUCUCUCCUGACCUGCUCUUUGCCCACUGCUGCUGGGAGUACGUGGUGCAGUGGAACAAAUACCCAGAGGAGGGGCGGUAUCUGUGUUGUGCAGUGGAACACCUGAAGCUGGUCUCUAGUCCUCACAUCCAGCUGGGCAUCUCCUCAAUGAUGUGGAACACGUUCAUCGUUAAACGUUUCUCAGCUGCUGCUUUCCUUAUGGAGAAGGUGGGGAAGGCCCCUAAAGACCGCCUGUGUCGACGGGAUGUGGGAAUGGGAGACGGUGCCACGACAUCAUUCCUGGGCUCCUGUGUUGCGCUGCUACAGAUUCUGAUGGAGGCAGACUCGGGGAUAGAAGAGGUGACCCCUCCAGAGCUGUGUGUGGAGGAGGUGUGGGGGGGAGCGGAGGGUCCUGCCUCCAUAGUAGAGUUAGCCCUGGAGCAGAGGGGAAUCCACUACCCCCUUGUACAACACCACUGUCUCCUGGCCACUCUACUACACACUGCUAUGACCUUCAACCUCCGGGUCAAACCACUCAGUCUGUUCGACAGCAAGGGUAAGAGUGCCUUCUUCAGAGAGUUGGUGUCCAUCCAGCUGAUGUCCAGCGGAGAUAUGGACCCUGGACUGGUCUCUCUUAGACAGGAGUUCCUGCUCAGGGUGUUGACAGGCUGGGUGAAGACCCAGAGUGAGGCAGGGAUGGCUCCUGCAUCCACCCGGCUGGACCUUGACUCAGGGGACGAGACGUGGCCCUCUCUGUGUCUGGACCUGGGGACCCUGCUGCAAGUCAACCCAGACAUCCUGCGCAGACACCUGGUGUGUGAGCUGUACAACCACGGCCUGGACCCCCGGGCAGAGCAGGUGAUGUUGGAGGUGGAGGAUAAGGACGUGUUGGGUUCUCAGCUGUUGGUUCUAACAGGCCAGAGGCUGAGCUACUCCCUGCUUCACACCCAGACCCAGACCAAGCCCGCCAUGGAGCUGCUGGCACGCCUCCCCCCCACACUCUGCACCUGGCUCAAGGCUAUGGAUCCCAGUGAGCUGGGGUGCCUGUCGGUGCCCCUGAGCCAGACCAGCAGGCUGGUGAGCCGCCUCAUAGAGAUCCUACCUGAGAACCACGGCCAGUACAGCCUGGCACUACACCUACUGGAGGCUGUGGAUGUCCUGCAGGGAGAGGACUGAGUGAGAGGGGGGAGGAGAGCAAGAGGCUCAGGAAGAGAGAUGGCCUGUGUGCAAUUCCGUUCCUGCUGUCAUUGCUAGCAUCCAGGAUAAGAGUGAGAGAGUAAACUGUUGAAGUAGGAAAUAUAUAGGAUUAUACAACUAUCAUGUACAGGAAGGAGAUGUCAGGGAAAUGGCCACCCUGUUUGAGAGGAGGCUCAUGUGUUCAGUUGAAAAAAUGUAAUUGUAAAUGAAGGAUGGAGGGAUAAUUGUUUUGUUUGAAGUCUGCAUUUCUGAAGGGGAUAUGCUAUAUGAGCAUGGUGUUAUAUAUCCAUUUGUUUUUGUCACUUCCUACUUAUUUUUUAAAACUUUGUCUGUCAGCUAUACCUAGCAGCCCCUGUACUGCCCAUUCUAACAGACUUAACAAUCCAAUCCAAUCAAAGGGGGUUGCAGGGUGUGUUUGUGUGCCAUAUCAUUGUUUAGUAAGCAUCCCUUUCUCUUCACCUGUCCCUCAGAUGAGUAACGAUGAUGUAUGAUCUGGUUAUUUAUACACGCUGCAGUACUGUACUAGCUGUGCCUGUACCCUCUGUACUGUUCUACACCCUGGCUGAGGAACCCACUGGGGGCAGACAGAACAGACUAAAUGCUCAGCAUGGUCUAGCUUUGGUCUCUUUCUCUCUGGGUCUGGGGUAAGAGCAGUCAACGCUGGUCAUGGUGGUACUUUCCAUUCCAUAUUCUCUCCGGACCAUUCAGGUAGACUGACUGUUUAUAACGUUUUGUACAGUAGCUCACUGACCUCAUGCAGAGGGUGAUUGGAAUCACUGACUAUUUGAUUACUGUAAGGUAGCGCAAUUCCCAACAUACCAUAUCUGGCUUCCAUGUGUAUUAUGUUGGUCAAUAUUCAAACUAAAGUAAAUCAUUCUUUAUUUAAUGAGUUUGGUAUAGGAGUAUUAUACAGACGUUUGCAUUUACAAGUAAAAAUAUGGAAGAACAAUUACCCAAAACCAUAAUCAUCAUAGUUUGUUAAAAACGUCUUAGGGCUGAAAUCCCGUUAACGGGAUCGAUAUGACAACAGCCAGUGAAAGUGCAGGGCGCCAAAUUCAAAACAUCAAAAAUCUCAUAAUUAAAAGUCCUCAAACAUACAUGUAUAUCUUAUACCGUUUUCAAGGUAGUCUUGUUGUUAAUCCCACCACAGUGUCCGAUUUCAAAUAGGCUUUACGGCGAAAGCACCACAAACGAUUACAAAAAGUCACAAAGAGAUAAAAUUAAUCACUAACCUUUGAUGAUAUUCAUCAGAUGACAAUCAUAGGACUUCAUGUUACACAAUACAUUUAUGGUUUGUUUGAUAAAGUUCAUAUUUAUCAAAAUAUGAGUUUACAUUGGCGCGUUACAUUCACUAGUUCCAAAAACAUCCAGUGAUUUUGCAUAGCCACAUCAUUCAACAGAAAUACUCAUCAUAAAUGUAGUUGAUAAUACAAGUUAUACACAUGGAAUUAUAGAUAUACCUCUCCUUAAUGCAACCGCUGUGUCCGAUUUCAAAAAAACUUUACGGAAUAAGCAAACCAUGCAAUAAUCUGAGACUGCACUCAUUACAAAUAGUCACAAUAGCCGCCAUGUUGGCGUCAACAUAAACAAGAAAUGACAUGAUAAAUAUUCCCUUACCUUUGAUGAUCUUCAUCAGAAAGCACUCCAGGAAUCCCAGGUCCACAAUAAAUAUUUGUUUUGUUCGAUAAUGCCCGUUAUUUACGUCCCAAUACCUCCGUUUAAUAUACAUAUCCAAACGCUCAUUCUGGUCAGAGUUACGACCAGACAAAAACUUCAAAAAGUUAUUACAGGUCGAAGAAACAUUUCAAACUUAGUACAGAAUCAAUAAUUAGGAUGUUUUUAACAUAUAGCUUUAAAGUUCCAACCGGAGUAUUCCUUUGUAUCUUGAUGAGCAAUGGAACGCAAGUGGAUACCAUGAGGAAUGAGCGUGAUCAGAAAAUGGCUGACUGCCAGUCACCUGAUAGAUUCUGCUCUCAUUCAGUCCCACAACACAGAAGUCUCAUUCAAAUUUCUAUAGAUGGUUGACAUCUAGUGGAACCCCUAGAAAGUGCAACAUCAUUAAUAUCUCAAGGGGAUUUCAUUGGGAACUGUGGUGAAUACAUACCAAGCUCAGAUUUCUCACUUCCUGUUUUGAUUUCUCCUCAGGAUUUUGCCUGCCAUAUGAGUUCUGUAAUACUCACAGACAUCAUUCAAACAGUUUUAGAAACGUUUGUGUUUUCUAUCCAAUACUAAUAAUAAUAUGCAUAUAUUAGCAACUGAGACUGAGGACCAGGCCGUUUACUUUGGGCAACUUAUUCAUCCAAGCUACUCAAUACUGCCCUCCAGCCAUAAGAAGUUUUAAUGAACUCAAACAUCUCUUCUUUACUUGUCACAUUAUAAGAUGAGUUACAUUAUGACUUCCAUUUCAACAUUAAACUUGAAUAAAAACCAAAGCACUCAGAA